AUGGCUCUUCAAGUUGUUGCGUGGAUAUUAGCUUUUCUUUGGCAGUUGGCUCACACAUACUUCUUUGGCCCAGCUUAUGGGUAUGCAGCUUUCGUUAUUCAAGGUACCGCAGCUCUUGCCGUCGUGGCAUAUAUGGCCUAUGACUUUGGUGUCACUGGCACGGGCCUCCCUAUCGUAAAUUCGGUGCUCAUCUUUGAGCUUUUCAUUCAAGCCCUCUGGAAUGCCAAGGAGAAUCGUCGCUUCAAUCAUGACGCCAGAGUUGCAAGACAGGAUAUUGAGCUUGGCCACUUGGGAGCUAAUGAGAUUCGCCCCACCGCUGCCCCACAAAACCCCCAGCCAUAG